AUGUGCACGGCGGAAAGACGCUGGAGCCGGUGUAAGAGAGUGCUGCUGUGGACCGUCCUGGUGGCAGCGUGGGACGCGGCGUGGGGGCAGCUGCAAUACUCGAUUCCGGAGGAGCUGCCUAAGGGCUCGUUCGUGGGCGACGUGGCCAAGGACCUGGGGCUGGAGCUACCGGUUCUCCGUCACCGCAGCGUCCGAGUCGUCUCUGAAGGUAGGACGCAGUAUUUCGCUUUGCACGGGAAAACGGGACAUUUGGUGACAGCGGAGAGGAUAGACAGGGAGCAGCUGUGCCGGCUGGUGGUGAAAUGCGUGCUGCACUGUGAGGUUAUCGUGGAAGAAGAAAUGAAGGUUUACAAAAUCGAAGUAGAGAUCACAGACAUUAACGACAACGCGCCCAGCUUCCGACGACCAGAAAAGGAACUGAGAAUGAGCGAGAUGACAGCUCCUGGAUCACGGUUUACCUUGGCCGAAGCUCACGACCCUGAUGCAGGCUCGAAUUCCCUGCAGCGCUACGAGCUGAGCGGUGACGAGCACUUCUCGCUGGCCGUGCAGGCGGGUCCCGGCGGGGAUCAGCGUCCCGAGCUGGUGCUGGCGAAGGCGCUGGACCGGGAGGAGGCGGCGUUUCACGAGCUGGUGCUGAGGGCGAGCGACGGCGGAGAGCCUGCGCGGACGGGAACGGCGCGGAUCCGUGUGGCUGUGCUGGACGCCAACGACAACGCGCCCGUUUUCAGCCAGGCGGAGUACACGGUGCGUGUGCCCGAGGACAUGCCCGUGGGCUCUGUCCUUGUUACUCUCACGGCCUCUGACGCCGAUGAGGGGUUGAACGGACACGUGAAAUACAGUAUCCAUAAGAUUUCAGACCGGGCAUCGGAACUUUUCCAGCUGGACUCUGAGACUGGAGAAAUAUCUCUAAAGGACGAUUUGGACUUUGAGGAAAUCGCCACACAUGAGCUGGAGGUGCAGGCACUCGACGGAGGUGAACUAUCAGAUACAGCGAAAAUCGCGAUCAUGGUGACAGACGUCAACGACAAUGCCCCCGAGAUUUCGGUGCGGUCGGCUCUGAGUGAGAUUUCUGAGGACGCGACAUCGGGGACGGUGGUGGCACUCCUGCACGUACAGGACAAGGACUCGGGGGUGAACGGCCAGGUGAGGUGCAGCAUCGCCGAGACUCUCCCGUUCCGGCUGGAGAAGACAUUUGAGGAUUACUACCGCGUGGUGAUGGAGGGGGAGUUGGACCGCGAGAAGGUGUCGGAGUACAACGUGACGGUGCGGGCGGUGGACGGCGGCUCGCCGGCGAAGAAGUGUAGCGCGGUGCUAGUGCUACGGGUGCUGGACGUGAACGACAACUCGCCAGUGUUUGCGAAGGCGCGCUACAGCGCCCGGCUGGCCGAGAACAACGCGGCGGGAGCGCUGGUGCUGACGGUGCGGGCAACGGACGCGGACUGGGGGCAGAACGCGCGCGUGCGGUACCGGCUGUCGGAGGGGCGGGUGAGGGGCGCGCCGCUCUCGUCCUACGUGUCGGUGCAGGCGGAGACGGGCGCGCUGUACGCGCUGCGCUCGUUCGACUACGAGGAGGUGCGCGAGGUGCGGCUGUGGGUGUGGGCGGAGGACGGCGGCUUGCCGGCGCUGAGCAGCAACGUGUCGGUGGUGCUGGAGAUCGUGGACGAGAACGACAACGCGCCGCAGGUGCUGUACCCGCCGGCGGCGGCGCCUUCGGCGGCGGUGUCGGGCUGGGCGGGCGUGGAGCUGGCGCCGCGGUCGGCGGAGCCCGGGGCGCUGGUGGCCAAGGUGGUGGCGGUGGACGCGGACGCGGGGCAGAACGCGUGGCUGUCGUACGAGCUGGCCAAGGCGACGGAGCCGGGGCUGUUCCGCGUGGGGCUGCACAGCGGCGAGGUGCGCACGGCGCGCUUCCCGCUGGCCCGCGACGCGGCGCGCCAGAGCCUGGUGGUGGUGGUGAAGGACCACGGGCGGCCGGCGCUGUCGGCCACGGCCACGCUCACGGUGGUGCUGGCCGAGAGCGUGGCCGAGCUGCUCUCGGAGCUGGGCAGCGCGGCGGCGGCGGUGCCGGGCGAGCCGGCCGCCAGCCUCACGCGCUGGCUGAUGCUGGCCGUGGCGGCCGUGUCCUGCCUCUUCCUCGCUUUUCUGCUGCUGCUGCUGGCGCUGCGCCUGCGGCACUGGCGCCGCUCGCAGCUGCUGGCGACGUCAGGCAGAGCCUCCUUGCGCGGUGUCCCGGCCUCGCAGUUUGUGGGCAUCGACGGCGUCCGCGCCUUCCUGCACUCCUACUCGCACGAGGUGUCUCUCACCGCUGACUCUCGCAAGAGUCAUCUCCGCUUGUCCUCUGGCAGCUGCUGCGACACCCUCCCGGCCCGUCCGCCACCUGACGAUCCCGCUCCCCUGCUCGGGGAGGACCCUGCCGCCACCCGCUGCAUGGACCCCUCUGCUCCCACGGGGCGCAGCCUCCGACUCGACUGCGGUGGCAUCGAGUCGCCUCCGGGUGUCGCUGUUGGCCAACGCGAAACGGCGCUGGAGCCAAAGCUGCAGCCGGAGCCGCCGCAACGUUCGGCCCCCGCAACGUUCGGCCCCCGCAGGCUGCUCUCUCGUUCAGCGCCGGCCACAGCGGCAGCGGCACGGGCAGGAGAGGCGAGAGACGGCGUCCGAGCCGGCACCGAGCUCCGUGCCCUCCGGCAGCCCCUGCGCUCGCUUCUCAGAGGGCCUGGAAGAAAGCAAGCAGCGGCAGGAGGAGCACGCCUAGGGCUGCCGAUAAUGGCGGGCAGGCAGAGGCAGAGGCGGCGUCCAGCAGCCGGCCUAGUGCUGCUGCCCUCUUUACUGCUGUGCUGGUGCUGCCGGGCGGCGCCAGAGCGGCUCCGCUACGCCAUCCCUGAAGAGCUGGACAGAGGCUCGCUGGUGGGGCCGCUGGCCCGGGACCUGGGACUGAGCCCGGCGGAGCUGCCGGCACGCAAGCUACGGCUGAACACCGAGAAGCAAUACUUUACCGUGAGUGGGGAGAACGGGAACCUAUACGUGAGCGAGAGGUUGGACCGGGAGGAGAUGUGCGGCAAGUCGACGUCCUGUUCUAUCAGCUUCGAGACACUCGUGCAGAACCCGUUUAAUGUUUUCCACGUCGACGUGGCAAUCCAGGACGUGAACGACAACGCUCCACGGUUUCUUAAGGAAAACAUGCAAUUAGAAAUAAUUGAAUCCACACCUCCCGGCGCUCGGUUUUACUUGGGAGUUGCUGAGGACGAGGACGUGGGUCGUAACUCGUUACAGGGCUACAAGGUGGAGGACAACGAGUACUUCACAGUGGAAGUGAAGGAGAGCAAGGACAGACGCAAGUUCGCGGAGCUGGUGCUGCUUCGGGCGCUGGACCGGGAGAGAGAACAGAGCCUGCGGCUGCUCCUGACGGCGGUGGACGGCGGGGACCCGCCCCGGAGUGGCACCGCCCAGCUCUGCAUCAACGUCACCGAUGCCAACGACAACGCCCCCGUGUUCGCGCAGGAGCGGUAUCGAGUGAGCGUGCGGGAGGAUGCACUGCCGGGGUCGACGGUGCUGAACGUUUCUGCCUCUGAUGCCGACGCUGGCAGCAACGCCCGCAUCACGUACGGCUUUGGGAAAAUGCCGCCUAAGGUGCUUCAGAAGUUCAUGGUGGAUGCGGAGAGCGGGAGGAUCACGCUGCAGGAGGCACUGGACUUCGAGGACACGGGCUCGUUCAGCCUGGCCGUUGAAGCAAAGGACGGGGCCGGUCUCUUGGCUCACUGCGAGGUGGAGGUAGAGGUGCUGGACGUGAACGACAACGAGCCCGAAAUUACGGUGCUGUCGGUGUCGAACCCUGUGCCCGAGGACUCGCCGGCCGGCACAGUGGUGGCCCUGCUGAAAGUGAAAGACCCGGAUUCCGGGGAGAACGGUCAGGUGUGGUGCGAGCUGUCGGGCGAGGCGCCGCUGUCGCUCGUGGCGUCGUCGGGCGGUUCGCACAAGGUGGUGACGGCGAGCGCGCUGGACCGGGAACAGGAGUCCGAGCACCGGGUGACGGUGGUGGCGAGGGACCGGGGCAGCCCGGCGCUCUCGAGCAGCACGGUGCUGGUGCUGGAGGUGUCGGACGUGAACGACAACGCGCCGGUGUUCGAGGAGGCCGCCUACAGCGCCUACGUGGCGGAGAACAACGCGGCGGGCGAGCUGGUGCUGCACGUGAGCGCGCGGGACGCGGACGCUGGCAGCAACGGGCGCGUGAGGUACUCGAUGGAAGGCGGCAGCGCGGGCGCGGCGCCGUACGUGUCGGUGGAGGCGCAGAGCGGCGCAAUGUACGCGCAGCGCUCCUUCGACUACGAGCAGUGCCGCGAGUUCGCGGUGGUGGUGCGGGCGCAGGAUGGCGGGGAACCGGCGCGGAGCUCGACAGCGACGGUGCGAGUCUUCGUGUUGGACCGCAACGACAACGCGCCGCGGGUGCUGUGGCCAGCAGCGGCGGGUGCAGGGGCAGACCCGGGACUGGCGUCGGCCGCGGUCCCUUUCGAGAUGGUGCCGCGGUCGGCCGAGGCCGGGUACCUGGUGGCCAAGGUGGUGGCGGUGGACGCGGAUGCGGGGCGCAACGCCUGGCUGUCGUACGAGCUGGUGCAGGCGCCGGAACCGGCGCUGUUCCGCGUGGGGCUGCACAGCGGCGAGGUGCGCACGGCGCGGGCCGUGUCGGACAGGGACGCGGCGAAGCAGCGGCUCGUGGCCGUGGUGAAGGACCACGGGCAGCCGGCGCUGUCGGCCACGGCCACGCUGCACGUGGUGCUGGCCGAGAGCUUGCAGGAGGCGCUGCCGGAGCUGAGCGAGCGGGCGGCGGGCGCCGACUCGGCGGCGGAGCUGCAGUUCUCCCUCGUGCUGGCGUUGGCUCUCCUGUCCGCGCUCUUCCUGCUGAGCGUAGCGCUGGCCGUGCUGGCAAGGGGCCGCCGUUCCGGGCCGCCCGCCGUGCUGCGCUGCCUGGGUGCUCAACGCUUCUCCGUGGCCGGCGCCGCUUUCCCAGCCGACUUCUGCGAGGGCACCUUGCCCUACUCCUACAACCUGUGCGUUGCGUCUGGACGAGCCGUCGCCGAAGCCGCUUGGCCACCGCCGCCGCUUUCUAACCUGCCCGCGGAGGAGCUUCUCUGUGGGGAGUCCCUCGGAGAGCGAAGCCUGACCCGCAGCGCCGUCGUGGGAAAACCGCCAGCGGACUCCGAAGUACAGCAGUGCCGAGAUGAGGCUGCGGGCGCCGCUGUUGACCGAGGAGGAGAGGGAGGAAGGUCGGAGCGCUGCCUGCAGCCCCGCCCGCUGCUACCGCGCUCGCUCGCUCGCUCGCUGAUUGUCUCGGAGGCCGGACAGUCUGCGAGCGUCCCCGCAGCGCGGAGCCGUGCGGUAACGACGGGGUGGAGCCAGUGCAGCGGCAGGAGCGGAGACACGGACCAGGAGCCAGUGCAGCUGCCGGAGCAGGAGAAGGACACGGAGCAGGGGUCGGCGGCGGGGAGCUGUCUGCGGAGGUGCGGGGUGGACGGGGCUGUGGCAGAGAUCGGCUCGGCGGGAAUGCGCUGGGACUGGCAGGAACGAGCGCUGCUGUGGGCCAUCCUGGUGGCGGCGUGGGACGCGGCAUGGGGGCAGCUGCGCUACUCAGUUCCCGAGGAGCUGCCCAAGGGCUCAUUCGUGGGCGACAUGGCCAAGGACCUGGGGCUGAAGCUGCCGGCUGUCCGCGACCGCGGUCUUCGCCUGCUGGAGAGAGGUAGGGCGCAGUAUUUCGCCUUGCACGGGAAGACGGGCCAUUUGGUGACAGCGGAGAGGAUAGACAGGGAGCAGCUCUGUGAAAGCGCGCAGCAAUGCGUGCUGCGCUGUGAGGUGAUCGUGGAGGGAGAAAUGAAGGUUUACAAAAUAGAAGUGGAAAUCACGGACAUUAACGACAGCGAGCCCAGUUUCGAAGAGGCAGACACGGAGCUGAGAAUGAGCGAGUUAACAGCCCUGGGCUCGCGGUUUCCCCUGGCCGAAGCUCACGACCCGGACUCGGGCCCAAAUUCCCUGCAGCGCUACGAGCUGACGGUGAUCAGCGCCCCGAGCUGGUGCUGGCGAAGGCGCUGGACCGGGAGGAGGCGGCAUUCCACGAGCUGGUGCUGA